AUGUCCAACACAGCUGUCAAAAGAGAAAAUGCCAGCUCGUCUGCCAAUGUCCUCAUGUGCAAGCAAUGGUGGAAGGUAUGUUGGAUGUAUGGAGAUCAAGAGAAGUACUAUCGCCAACUUUACGGGAAACGCCCCACCAAAGUACUGGAAGGCACCAACAAUGUCCUGGAAGGCACCAAAUUUAAUGGAGAAGACCAAGAGGGUUCCAAGAGAUUGGACUGGGGUCACAGUUUCUACGAGAAUGCCGCCAGAGGGCAGGUGGAUUCAGGAAACAGCAGCUUCAGUUUGGAGGAGGGAAGGUUACCGUCUCCAUGUGUCGGGGGAAACCAGUCGCCUGAGUUGCAGUCAUUAGACUGUGGAAAAGAAACAGAUGAGUAAGUAAAUAUGUGAUGAUGAUAAUAGUGAUCAAGUUGAACAACUGAAUAGCAGGUAUUACAGUGACUUUAAAUUCAAACGUCG